AUGAAUGAAUACCAGGCAUCCAGGCUUAUCAGCCUUUGUGCUCUUCAGCUUCUCAUCCCCACCAUUCUCUUAACUACCACCUCGAAAAGAUCCUCCAUUCGCUACCUAGCAAUUCCGUGUAUGGUCUGGGUUUUGAAACAAGGGAUAACCCCAAUUCCACACCCAACAACUCUGCAGAGCAAUUCGAUUGGCUACUUGUUCAUUUCUAUUCUCUCGGCGACCAAUUUCUUGCUCAUCAACCCCAAGGAUAGCAGUGAUUUCGUCAACGCCGAUGGCACCCCGAAAAGCUUCUUCCCUCGCUGCUACGAGGCGGUGCGCCUGGUGAGUCUAAGCCGGGCAAUUAAUACCCCCCGCCAAGUCAAGAAUGUUCCAGGUCCACCAGCCUACUAUGCCAAACGUGACCCGAAGGCGAAGGGGAUUCCUCGAAGUCGCUUCUUGGCUCGCGAAACUUCAAUUGCUGCAUGGCAGUUUCUCGCAAUGAGCAUGUUCGCAAAAUUAGCGGCUCGGGAUGCGGCGAGCAAGCCUGUGCCCGUUUCCUUCGAGGUGGAGUGGUUUGUCCCAGUGGACCAAUGGAUUGAACGAAUCAUCUCCAACCUCAUCGCAUGGUUCAUUGUAGCCAGGAUCCUGAUCGACUUCAAUGCUCGCGUUGGUGGAAUUGUCUGUGUCGCCUUGGGAACCGACUCCCCGGCUGAUUCUCCGCCUACAUUUGGGAACAUGGCGGAUUCAUAUUCUCUGCGGAACUACUGGGGGAAAUUCUGGCAUCAAUUGCUCCGACAGCCUUUCACGUCAAUCAGCAAUUUCAUUGCGCGCGAUGUGCUCUGCCUGCCUAGAUCAUCCCUGAUAGAACGAUACACCAAUGUUUUCAUCGUAUUCUUCCUUUCGGGUCUGUUGCAUUUCUUGAUCGAUAUAGUGUCUUGCAUUCCAGCCCAGGAGUCAGGUGCCAUGUUCUAUUUCCUGUCUUUUGUCUUGGGAUUCAUGAUCGAGGACGGUGUCAAAGCGUUUUGGAAAAAUAUGUAUCCCCAAGCCAAGGAUUCCAUGGAUCCGCCUCCCCUGUGGCAGAGAGCUGUCGGAUUUGUCUGGACUAUGAGUUGGAUUGGUGUUAUUUCCACCCGCUACUUGCUUCCUAUGCAGCGGCCGGAGGCUCAGGCUGUGCUGGUGCCUUUUAACGUUGCAGACUGGAUUGGUCUUCCUGCUCUGGUGGGUAUUGUGGGCGUUGGUGCCGCUUUACUCAAACUUGUGUUCGAGGUUGAGAUAUAG